AUGUGUAUUGAGGUCCAUGUUGAGGAUGGGGAGACAUUGCUGAAUGUGACAUUCAGUGCUGAAAGUUCCUGGAAGUUCAUCUCCCUUGAAUAUUGGAUUGGGGAGAAUGUUUCAAGUGUGCCAACGGAGUCUGAUGGGACGAUUGACACUGACCGUUUCCCCUAUUACUGGUGUAAUUCAAGCGGUGUAUACGAGUGGACUGACAGAGUUGAGCUGAAGUGGGAGUACAAUUGUGAAGAAGCAAGCACUUUUGACCUUUCAGUUGUUUCCCAAACAACAUUUGUUCAGGUUUACGAAAAUGGCACUGUCAUUGACGAAUCUGAGGUGACCCUCUUUGCGACCGAGUAUCAAGAGGACUUGUAUGGCUGGUUUGACUUUGAACUGAACUGUGAGUGCCCCCCACUCGAACCAUGCACUGAUUUCAACCAAACUUUGCCACCCGUUGAUGUUGAAAUUGAAAUCUGCAUUGACACUGUGGAUGGCUCCAUGGAGGAAUGUCACGACAUCCUUGCUGGAGAUUCAAUGGUGCUGGGAUCGGUAUGCACAAGAAUUGCAGAAGAAAAUGGUACUGAUGUUUUGGAGGUCACUUUCACUGCACUGGAAAACUGGAGUUUUGUGACCAAUGAGAUUUGGGUUGGUGAAAACAUUUCAGCUGUUCCACUUGAUGAAGAUGAUUUGGACACAGAUGCCUUCCCUUACUACUGGUGCAACUCCAGUGGUUUGUCGGUCUGGACUACCACAAUACCCUUAAAGUGGACUUACCUUUGUGAGGGUAUGGAAUCAUUUUCCUUGGCUAUUGUGGCCCAGUCAACACUAGGCAGGUUGCUUCCAAGUGGUGCUGUGGACAAGGAUUCGGAGAUCGUUGCUUAUGUCUAUGAGAAUCAAGAUGUUGGCAGCUUGUACAGCUGGUAUGAUGUAGACAUCAUGUGUGAGUGCCCACCAAAUGUGACCACCAAUGUCACUGACAGGACAACUCCGGGUGAGAUUUGUAUUGAGACAGAUGACCAGUCGAGCAAGGACUGCUAUCAAAUCAUGGCGAAUCAGACAUCAGUGGGCGGAACAAUGUGUUUGGAGAUUAUUGGCCCUUCAGUGCUUGAAGUUACAUUUACAGCAGCUGAGAGCUGGGUGUUUGUUUCAUAUGAAUCCUGGAUCGGAGAAAACAUUGAAGACAUUCCCAAGGAAGACGAUGGAUCUCUGGAUAGUGAGAACUUCCCCUACUUUUGGUGCAACUCCAGUGGGGUGACCUCUGUUGUGGACCGCAUUGACUUCAAGUGGUCUUACAACUGUGAAGAAAUGCAACAAUUUGGGCUCCACAUGAUGACACAAGUCACUUUGGCUCAGCUUCAAGAAGAUGGAGCUGUUGAUGCGGACACAGAACUUCUUGCCUUUGUUCAAGAGUAUUUGAGCCAAAGCAGUGAAGGAAGCUUUGGUUGGUUUGAUUUUAUUGUUGACUGUGACUGCCCUGAAUCCAUUCUGUCACUGCCACCAACCCCUGCGCCUACAGCUGAUGAUGCUGAGAUAUGCAUUGAUACAAGUGAUGGAUCCAGGAAAGAGUGCUAUGACAUUCUUGCCAACAAUUCGUUUGUGGCAGGUAGCAUGUGCUUUGAGGUGUUCAAUGGGGAAGACUUUGAGGUUUCUUUCACAGCAACACGAGGUUGGACCUUUGUCUCUUCUGAAUAUUGGAUUGGAGAGAGUAUUGAUGACAUUCCCGUGGAUGAGGAUGACUCACUGGACAUUGAGAAAUUUCCCUAUUUCUGGUGCAAUUCCACGGGACUCAGUACUGUGAAGGAAUUUGUGGAAAUGAAAUGGUCUUACAACUGUGAGGAUCUGGGCACUUUUGACCUCAAGGUGCUGGCUCACUUUACCAUGGCUCAGUUGCAAGAUGAUGGAACUAUAGCUCCGGAUACAGAGCUGGUUGCUUUUGCGGAAGAGUAUCGAGGUCAUACAAGUGAUGGCGGAAGCUAUGGUUGGUUUGACUUUGUUAUUGACUGUGACUGUCCGCCCAUUGCCACUGCUGGCGCUGGCUGUGAAUCUGAGAUAGUCCUUUUGGAUGAAGACUUUGAAGCUGAGGAGAACGAGGAAAGCUGGCAUGAAGGAUUUGAGUAUUCUUGGUCUGGCGGCAUUACCUCUGAGUCAGCUCUGAUGAGUCACUUUUUGGGUCGUCUUGGCCAAGGCAAGGAAGAAGUAUCUCAGAGCUUUGAUAUUCCCUUGUCAGGUGAUGUCUCUGCGGACAGAGUUACGCUUGAAUUCACCCUGUACCAGAUUGACCGAUGGACCAGCGAGGACGACGCGUUUUUGGUAAUGAUUGGUACCAGUAAUGGCACCCAGAUUAGUCUUGGAGACAUGUCCAUGGACACGGAGAGUCAGUAUUUGGAGGAGGAUGUGGAUGGAGUUUCCUGGUACCGCAACAUGACUGUUUCGGGUGUCAAUCUUGGCUUUUUGGAAGACCAUGAUGCCAAGCACUUUGUCCACAUUGAUAUUCCUGCAUCCAAGUUUGCGAGCGCUGGAGCGUUGGAGAUUACCUUUAGAGCAGUGACGAGUUUGGAUAUUGAUGAGCAGAGUGCUGGUAUAGAUGAUAUCAAGGUGACCGCUCACUACAGCGGCUGCGACCAAGAGGGAGCUCGUCAACUGGAAGACAACUGCCACCGUGUCUCACCAUUGGCUCAAGAAGACUAUGAAUCUGGCGUGGACCUUGGAUGGACGAACGGUCUGAUUUCACAUGAUUCCGAGUUGGGUCACUUUUUGGGCCGCUUUGGCGAGGAGAAUCCUCGAGCCUCCAAGGUGUUCACGGAGGUGCCCACUGAUGCGGAUUUGGUGACGGUUGAUUUCAAGUUGUAUGAAUUUGGAAUUUGGGAUCCAUCUGAUGAUCGUUUGUUGCUGACGAUUGGAUCGACCGAUGUGGAUGUUUUGGGCGGUGCUCACCCGAGUGGUUCUUUGAAUGGCAUUGUUUGGUCUCGUCGUGCAUUGAAGGAGGAAGAAGAAGAAGGAGGACAGUAUGCAAUUUCGUUGACCCUUCCAUCUCACGUGUACGUGUCUGGGAAGUUGCGUUUGAGUUUCUGGUUUGAUUUGAGUGGAAGUAUUGGCGUGAAGAGUGGUGGAAUAGACGAUUUGUCGAUCGCGGCUCACUACGACUUGUGCGACGGCGACGGCGUUGGCAGCGGCAUGCCUCUUCACGUAGAGUCUACUCACUUUGGCAUGGCGAACUUUAAUCACAAAAAGAAGACGGAGCAGCAACAACAGCAACAGCAACAAGACAAGGAGAAUAAGCUUGUUUCGGAACGAGGCGCAGAAGAAGAGGGCGGUCCCUUGGAGGAAGGAGAGGAUGGUCCUGCAGAGGGACCUCUUUGCAGUGCUUCUGAUUUCCCGUGUGGCGAAGAAGGCAAGGUGUAUGUGUGCCAUUACAGUGUGUUUAAGGGUUACAGUACAUUCUGUGUGAAGGAAGAGGACACGGACAUAAUUCGUUUCUAUCCGAAUGAUUACUGUGGUCCUUGUACGGGUGGCUACGGCAACACAUUGAAGCAAGCCAACCCGGAAGAAUAAGGAAGAGUAGAGACGAGACGAGACGAAACGAGAUGAGCCAAGAAGAGCAAUGGCGUAAGAUUGCUGCUUCUUGGUGACGUUUCGAACGUUGCAAGAUUUGAUGUUUUUGUGAAGAUUACUACAUGUGACGUGAUGCGAUGCGAUGCGAUUUGGAUGUCAUUGCUGUCGAUUCGAUUCGAUUCGAGAGUUUGAAUUGACCUUUGGCUUUUAUUUGGUUGCAUUGCAAGGUGAUGGAUAGCAUUUUUAAAAGAUAACGAGGUGUAUCCUACCUAUUACAUAUAUAUACUAUCUAUUGAUUGAU